AACAAAUAAACUCUUAAAUAUACAAUAUAAUUGCAAUAAUUAUUAUUCAAUUUAACUUUUUUUAACUGUAUUAAUUCUUUUAGGGGUUUAGUAAAAUUAUAGUUAAAGCAAAAAAAUUUGUAGAAUCAAUAUAUAGAAACUUUUUAUUAUUUUUUUAACGAAAAAAAUAAAAUUAUUAUUAUUUUUCUAUGUUUAUACCCAAAAUUUCUCAUUACAUUAUAAUAAAAUAUAAUAAAUAAUUGCAUGAAAUAAAUAAAAAAAAACAAAAUGUUAAUAGAAUGUAGAUUUUGUUUAGAAGAAGUUGAAGUGGAGGAUAAGAAGGAAAACAUUUGUAGCCAAAACUCUUUAAAUAAUGAAUGUGUAGGUUUGGACAGUUGCAGUGGAAGAAUUAGCAGCGAUGGUUUCAUAGAGUUUAUACCAAUUACACAAAGUAAAAGACAAAGAAAGAAUAUUGGAAAUAGAUUAGUAAAGCCAUGCGAUUGUAAAGGUACUCAAACAUAUGUACAUGUAAAAUGUUUAUGUGAAUGGAUAGGAAAAUGUAAUAAAUGGUAUUGUUCAAUUUGUCAUCGUGUUUAUAAUCUAUCACCACACCAUCUCCAUUAUUGUGUAAUGCGAUUGCAAAGAAAAGGUGUAUUAAAGAAUCUUCCUCCAAUUUACUCGAAUAAAGAAUUCUCAAGAUCAAGUUAUUUUGCUUUAUUAAUUUUUAUGGGUACUCUUAGUAUGUUAAUGCUUCCUUCUACUCUUCAUAAUAAUAAUAAUACAAGUAGAGUUUCUUUUUCAAAUUUAAUUGACACUACAACUUCUGGUUUUAAUCCAUUUGAUAGUAUGGCCCCUCCAACUCCUUAUUUUAGUUUCUAUCCUUGUUCUUCAUCUCCUUCGAUUUAUUUUUCUGGUGCUUCUCCAUUAUCAUCUUCAUCCUCUUCAUCGUUUUUUCAAUCUUACACAAAUAAUGUUUUAGGAGUACAGCAUCAAAAUAAAGUUUAUGAAAGUACUCUCCAACCUUACUUUAAUAGCAAUCAAGCGGGAAUCGGUUCAUCAAUGUUUUCCUCAUGUAAAUUAAAAAACCAUGAUGAAAAAUUUAGUUCUUUUGUUUGCCAUUCUUCUCCUUUUGUCUCAAAAUCUAAUAGUGAUUCGACUAGUGGUGGUAUGAACCCAAAUUCUCAAAAUCAACAAUUUAUACAAUAUCCAAAUUAUUAUAGCUUCAAUAUCCCAAACGAAAUUAAUAAUUUAAAUAAAGCAAAAGAACAACCCUCAAUAGGAAAUAAAAAAAUUUCUAAUAUAAACCCAGAUGAUGAACCAUUGUUAAAAAAAUACAAUUUCAUUCAUAAUAUUCAAAACUACCAACCAACAACAAAAGAAAUACAACCACAGUCUAUACAGCAACGAUCUGAAAAUUCCCCAAUUAUAACCCAAACAUCAAAAUCUCCAAUCAACAACCACAAUAUUUAUUUUGCCACUCAAAGAAAUAAUAAAAUAACAUCAUUAAAAAAUAUAUUUUGUACUGUUUUUCCAAUAGAACAAAUAUGCUAUUAA